AUGUAUGCCAUCCCUUUCAAUAUUGCUCCUCAAAUGCAACCUAUGGCGGAUAUUGGUCCCCAAACGCGUGUAGAUGCAGCUUCUACCAGCCAUAGAGGCAGUUGCACACCAAUUGCAUCUGUUGAGAUUCCAGAGGUUGCCCUUUCGUCAGCUAAAAGGUUAGGGAAAGAGACAGGGUACUCAAAAGAGUCAAUUGCUGGUCCAUCGAAUAAAGGUAGCACUGGUUGUGUGUCAUCAGAGAUUUUAAAGUUGAAUGCUAAUAAUGAUAUGAAUGGGAAAUUUUUCUGUCCUUGUGUUAAUUGUUGUAAUGGAAGUCGUCUAGAACUUGAUGUUAUAAGGGAACAUCUUCUCUGUGAUGGUUUUCUUAAGAAUUAUACACGUUGGAUAUGGCAUGGUGAAAAUAUUGACAUUCCAACUGUCUCAAUUGAAACUCCAACUCAAACUUUUACACAAGAGAUAGAUAUGGAUGAUCAAUUAGAGGAGAUGAUUUGUGAUGUGGGUCCAAAAUCAUUCAAGCGAGCACAUAUGUAUGAAUCUUUGUGUAGUGAUUCAGAGAAGCCAUUGUAUCCAAAUUGCACGAAAUUUACAAGAUUGUCAGCGAUAUUGAGAUUGUUCAAUCUGAAGGCAAGAAAUGGGUGGAGUGAUAAAAGCUUCACAGAAUUGUUAGAACUAUUGAAAGAAAUGCUUCCGGAGGGUAAUACAUUGCCUAGUCGUAACUACAAGGCAAAAAAGGUGUUGUGUCCUAUGGGUUUGGAGUAUAAGAAGAUACAUGGGUGCCCAAAUGACUGUAUGUUGUAUCAUGGUGAAUAUGAAGGGUUGCAUCAGUGUCCAAGAUGUGGGUUGUCACGAUAUAAAAAAAAGCAAGAUGAUUCUGAUUAUGAUGUGAGCACUAAGGAUCCUCCAACUAAGGUUUUAUGGUAUUUACCAAUUGUUCCGAGAUUAAAACGUCUGUUUGCUAAUGUGGAUAACGCAAAGCUAAUGAGAUGGCAUGAAGAUGAGAGGAAGUGUGAUGGACAACUUAGGCAUCCAGCAGAUUGCUUACAAUGGAAAAAAAUUGAUUCUAUGUUUCCACAUUUUAGCAAGGAGCCAAGAAAUGUUAGGCUUGGACUAGCUACGGAUGGAAUGAAUCCGUUUGGUAAUUUAAGCACUAAGCAUAGUUCAUGGCCUGUUUUGUUGGUAAUUUACAAUUUACCUCCUUGGUUGUGUAUGAAGCGCAAAUAUGUGAUAUUAUCUAUGAUGAUUUCUGGUCCAAGGCAGCCCGGAAACGACAUUGAUGUCUAUUUAACUCCAUUGGUUGAAGACUUAAAGAUGUUAUGGGAGAAGGGAAUUGAUGUGUACGAUGGGUAUUCAUGUGAAUCAUUCAAGUUACAUGCCAUGUUAUUUUUCACAAUCAAUGAUUUUCCAGCAUAUGGAAACUUGUGCAGGUAUAGUGUUAAAGGGCACAAAGCUUGCCCUAUAUGUGAAGAGGACACUUGUUACCAUCAACUAGUUAAUUGGAAGAAGACAGUUUACCUUGGUCAUCGAAGAUUUCUUCAACCUAACCAUCCAUAUCGAAGGUUAAAGAAAGCUUUUAAUGGAUGUCAAGAAUAUAGCAUAGCACCUACUGCAUUAACCGGUGAGCAAGUUUAUGACCGGGUAAAGAAUUUAAAUGUGGUACUUAGAAAGUCAAAAAAACAACCCAAAGAAAAAAACAUAUGGAAGAAAAGGUUGAUAUUUUUUUAUCUUCCUUACUGGAAAGUUCUUGAUGUUAGACAUUGCAUUGAAGUCAUGCAUGUUGAGAAAAAUGUAUGUGAUAGUGUAAUUGGCACACUUCUCAAUUUAAAAGGUAAGACAAAAGAUGGACUCAAAUCUUGUCUAGAUUUGCAACUCAUGGGAAUACGAGAACAAUUGUAUCCCCAACCUAUGGGUAAGCGAACAUAUUUGUCCCCUGCAUGUCACACAUUGUCAAAAAUGGAGAAAACAAGUUUUUGUGAGUCCUUACGUGGUGUCAAAGUGCCGUACGGUUACUCUUCCAAUGUAAAAAGUUUAGUAUCAAUGAAAGAUUUGAAAUUAGUUGGCUUGAAGUCUCAUGAUUGCCAUGUACUAAUGCAACAAUUUCUUCCUAUCGCUAUACGUGAUGUUUUACCUAAAAAUGUGAGACAAGUCAUAAUCAGACUUUGUCUAUUUUUCAAUGGCAUUUGUAGUAAAGUAAUUAAUCCUCAAAAGUUGGAUGAUUUGGAAAAUGAAGCUAUUUUAAUAUUGUGUCAAUUGGAGAUGUAUUUUCCUCCUUCCUUUAUGGUUCACUUAAUCAUCCACUUGGUUAGGGAGGUUAGGUUGUGUGGUCCUGUCUUUUUGAGGUGGAUGUACCCAGUUGAGAGAUACAUGAAGAUAUUGAAAGGGUAUGUGAAGAACCAAGAUCGUCCAGAAGCAUCCAUUAUAGAAAGGUACAUUGCAGAAGAAGCAAUUGAGUUUUGUACUGAAUACAUGUCUCAAGCUGAAUCAAUAGGCAUUCCUAAUACCCGUCAUGAGGGACGAACUGCUGGGAAGGGUACAAUAGGCAUAAAAUUGAAAAGCAUGAUGCGAGAAGAAGUGCUUCAAGCACAUUUGUAUAUAUUGAACAACACUGAUGAGGUUUUACCUUAUUUAAAUGCCCACAAAGACUUAGUGAAGACAAACAACCCUCGAAUGCCUGAAAAAUGGGUGUUGAAUGAGCAUAACAAGACUUUCAUAGAGUGGUUUAAAAUGAAUGUUGGGACAGAUUUAAGUGCACAGGAUGGCAAGAGUACUAUGCAAAAUAGUGGGGUUAUGAUAGUUGCUCAAUCUAUGCAUUUCUCAACAAAAAAUGAUAACAACCCUAUCACAGCUUCUACGUGCUACUUUGAAGUUAUUGAAGACAUAUGGGAGGUCGAUUAUGGUCCAUUUCGAGUACCUGUAUUUAAAUGCGAGUGGGUUGAUAGUAAUAGUGGUGUCAAAAUUGAUGAACUUGGAUUUACCUUGGUCAACCUUAAUAAAGUUGGUCAUAAAGAAGAGCCUUUUAUCAUGGCUUUCCAAGUAAAGCAAGUAUUUUAUGUCACCGAUCCAUCUAACAAAAGGUGGUCAAUUGUUCUACAAGGUAGAAGUAACAAUGUAAAUGAAGAAUUUGGAGAUUUAAGUAAUAUAAUUGAUACUCCUUCCUUGUCAACACGUGUGCUAACUUUUAAUGAAGAUAAUGUGGAUGAUGUAUAUGCCACUCGUGACGAUCAUUAG